AUGUACAACAUUACAGAUGUGAGUUAUACUUGUGGUACCCGACCUUUAUUCUCGGACAAAGACCUCAGUGGCACGGGCUCUCUAGAGAAAUCUACAAAAAUAUUAGGAGGUCACGACGCUGAGCAUGGAUCGAAUCCCUGGCAAGCCAACCUGUUGAUAGAUGGAAAACAUGCGUGUGGAGGGACUAUUUUAAGUGAGCACUGGAUACUGACCGCCGCCCACUGUUGUCUCAAUAAGAGCAAAUAUGACGUAGUUGUUGGUGACCGUGAUCAAACCAUAGACGAAGAGGAAGACGAAAAGUUUCAAGUAGAACAGAUCAUAAUACACAGAAAUUAUUUCAAGCACCAAACCAAACGGAAGUUAGAAUUGAAGAACGACAUCGCCUUGAUAAAACUCAAGUUGAAGAAUGGCCGUGGGAUCCAGUUCAACAACUACGUCCAGCCUGCCUGUCUGCCUGAUGCUGACACUGUCUACAACACUGGCCAACAAUAUACAAUAUCUGGAUGGGGACGAAUAAAUAAGGUCACAAGACCAAGAAUUCUGCAGGAAGCCAGGGUGUCACUCAGCCCCAGGAAGGUGUGUAAGCGAUCCAACUACGACAGUCAGAGCAUGAUCUGUGUCAGGGGGUCUAUUUUUACCUGCAGUGGCGACAGUGGUGGGCCGCUUGUUGCUAAUACCAAAGGUUUCUACGAGGUGUUGGGAAUUGCAUCGUAUGGAAGUAACAACGACUGUAAGAUCCCUCGUACCGCCUUCUUCACCAAGGUUGUCAGGUUUCUCGCCUGGAUUCUUUCGAGGAUCAGAAUAUAUGGGAAAAAUAAAGCCGAGAGAACUCUACCGCCACGUCCUCGGUUCAUUAGAUGAACCUUCACAGUGUUAAAAAUAAAGUUAUAUUUAAAAAAAAAAUUGAUUCCAUAUUUUAUAGAUAAACGUCCAUUCAACUAAUUUCGUAAAAAUAGCAGCCUCUCCAUUCUACGACAAAUGUCAUUGAGGUUUUUAUUCGGAGAAAAGU